UUUUCGCGGUUUUCGUAAAUUUGUGUAUAUAUUAAAGGUGAAAUGAUACAUAUAUUAAAUAAAUCUCCCACAAUUGUCUUAUAAAUAUGGAUUUUAAACAAUCAUUUUAAAAGCAAAAGAACAUCUGUAUAAAGAUUGAAAAUCGUGAUUUUUCAUCAUGGGUUCUGAAGAAAUACAAAAGGAUAAAGACAGUAAUCAAAGCGGGUUUAAAUCCAUUGCAAAGUUGAUAUUUUCACAUUCGGGACAGAUUUUAAUUGUGUUGGUAUAUUGUGUGAUGGGUGGUUUUAUGUUUGAGUACCUUGAGAAGGAGAAUGAGGUACAAACGUGUGUUGACUCAAGGAAAGAAUAUCGAGAUAUGGAAAACGAGACGCUUUUAAGCCUCAUUGACGUGGUUUUAUCAAAUCCUCUAGGAUCUGAGGCAUCUGACGCCCAGAUUAUAGGCGUGUUUGAAACAUUCAGGAAUAAUACGCUGAUAAUUGGGUACGAUGGUAGUUGGUGUGAAGGGUACGGUUUACCCGAGGGGCCAAUGCAUGAAUGGACCUUUGCCGGCGGAUUAUUCUUUUCCAUGACCAUUCUCACAACAAUAGGGUAUGGGCACAUUGCACCAAAAACUAUAUGGGGCCGCAUUCUGUGUAUGUCAUAUGCAAUGAUGGGCAUACCUAUAAUGCUGAUAAUGCUGGCAAAUAUUGGUGACGUUCUGGCAGAUAUAUUCCGCUAUGUUUAUGCUAAGAUCAUCUGCUGCGGAUGCCUGAAACGUAAAAAGAAGAAGAAGCCACCGCAGCAGGAAAAAUCUUCAUCAAACAACACGGGACCACCAUGGAGGCCACCAAAUGCCAUGGUACGGGAGCCGUUGACCAUUGGAGACACGGAAACUAAACAACGGUACCACGGGGCAAAUCCUCUGAACAUCAAGGCCCUGGGGACAGCUGACCUGAAAGAAAGAGGCCGGCUUGUCAGAAUGGGUUCUAGCAAGGAGCCGCUAAUUGUUGACGAUGAUUCUGAUGAUGAUGACGAUGAACAAGAGUGGGACGAAAUAAGCAAGGUGGCUGUACCUCUGACCAUUAGUCUCGGAAUAAUAGGACUGUACAUUGUUUUUGGCGCCAUACUCUUCAAGUACUGGGAAGGGUGGGAUAUGUUACAGUCCUCCUACUUCUGCUUCAUCACGCUCAGCACGAUUGGAUUUGGUGACGUCACACCUGGGCGGGACUUCACGGAUCCCGCAGCCAAUGCGCGUCUGAUUAUCGGUACGAUAUACUCCAUAUUUGGUAUGGCGAUUCUCUCGAUGUGCUUCACGCUGAUGCAAGAGGAGAUGACGGCUAAAUUCUUGUGGAUUGGCAAGAAAAUGGGCGUGGUUGAGGACGAAGAAGAUGAAGAAGUAGAAGCAGAGAAAGUACUGUCCAGUCACACAAGUCAUUCAGAUUGCUAAACUUGUGAUUUUGAUUUUUACUUAUAACUAUAUUGUUCUUACAUAAAUCUGACGGAAACAUUUGAUCAUAAAGGAUUACUUAUUAUUUAUACAGGGACGGCAAAAUAAUUAUCCGGCCGUUUGCCAAGUUUGUCCUAAAACCUGUAUGGACAAGUGGAAAAAUUUCAAUACUUUACUAUAAUUAUAUCAUACGGACAACUUAAGAAAUGCUAAAGAUAAAAACUUGAUUUUUGUUGGCCCUGUACAAUAGCUUUAUUCUCAUUUUCCUUUCUCUUCGCGUGGAUAAAAUUAGAAAAAAAUGUAUAAUAUCGUCCCUAUAACAUAUAUCAACAUCGAAAAUUGUUUGUAUUGUUCAAUUACAAUAGCGUCGGCCUACAUCACCGUUUGUUAAUGAGACAAUGCCUAUUCGUUAGUGUGUAAGGUCCUGAUAUGUGCUUCAAGUUAAUUUAAUUAUGUGGGCUUUAAAGUGUUAAUGAAAAAAAAACAGAAUAUAAAGUAGCUGCAAAUAUAAUUCACUUAUUUCAAAGUGUUAUAAUGCUUAUACCAUUUUAAGUCUUAAAGUCACUAUCUAAUGAAUGAUUUUUAUACUGAGUUAUUUUUACUUUUCUUUUAU